AACGACGCGGGCGGAGUCACGUACAAUUCGGGAACAACAAACCGCUCACGCAGCACGCACAGCAGCAUCCCUGUCUUUUCUUAUCCUUUGGUGCAACUCUUCGUUCCCGUUCUUCGAUUUUGCUCAAAGCACGACGCAGCCCACAAGGACUUUCUUCCUAAAACACAGCCUGCUUUGCUUGAUGCUAGCCAUUUAUUUGAGUUGAGAAUGGUACACGGACGAGCUGGCGGUGACGGAGCCGAUUGCCAUGGACACCAGCAUCAUCAGUGUUCGGCGAAGGGGAGUGCCUCAGCGGUUCAGUCUCUCGAUGAGCUGGACUUUGAGCGCGGAAUUUGGAGUGCCGCAAUGAACAACGAGUGUGAUCGGUUGCGUACCUUGGUGGCACGGGGCCAUCUGCACGAUCGGGAUAGUUGCGGAUACACGGCCCUUCACUAUGCUGCUCGCCAUGGCCAUCUGGAAGCCUGCCACCUGCUGCUCAACGCCGGCCUCGGAGUGGAUGAAGUCACAAAUGGAGGAGUUACGGCUUUGCAGCGAGCUGCUAUGAUGGGACGCAAUGCAAUCGUCGAGCUGCUGCUAACCAACGGUGCCAACGCGGUACACCGGGAUUCUGACGGACGAACGGCAUUACAUCGUGCGGCCGAAGGGGGUCAUCUUGGUUGCUGCCAGCUGCUAGUGGCAAACCGUGCCGACUUGCGUCACAUCGAGGACGAACGCCACCUGAAGCCGUUCGAUCUCGUACGUGAUCACGCCACUGAUCGAGAUCAGCUGAGGUGUUUACUCAGGAUGCCCGAUGGUGAUGUCGGUGCCGCCAGUACUACCAGUUCUUAAUCUGCAAUUUCUGAAUCGAACAGCCUCUCGUUCAAACAGCUUUAGUCGCUUUAGUGCGUGCCGGCGGCGGUGGGUAAGUGCUUUAUGUGUCGCACAAAAUGGAUUUUUCUUAGGACAUAAUGUGGAGCGAGAGAAAGAGAUAACGGAUGUCCGCCUCUGUCUCUCUUCCUCUCUCGAUGUACUUAGACAAUUUGUAUAUGUAUAAAUUAUAUUAGAAUAAAGUGAUAAACCAAAAGAUGAGCU